GACCGGUCUCGCACGGCUCGCCCAUGCGCUUUGCGCGUCGAAAGCAUGCAGCGCGCCUUUUGCGAUUGCUCUCCCUUGUGCAGGUCACAUGCCUUCCAGCACAGCACAAACCUGGGGCUCGAGUGAAUGUUCAAUGUUCUGGAGUAACACUUCACAUGGUUCUUCGGAUGGCUGCAUGGUUGCUUCGCUUGGGCCUCCUUGGCUUGGCCACUUGGAACUGUCAAACUCGGAUUUUGCCACUCCCAGUUGCAGACACGGAUGUCUUGAAAAGACCUCAGAUGUUGCAGGUGAGCGGCGUGCCCCGCGAGUCACCGGACUUCGACCCCGAACUGCACGUGCCGGACAUUUCAUCCUCCGAGGAGGUGCCUCAGGAGGAUCGGCGUGAGUCAGAGAAGGGCUGCCACUGGACUGCCCGGCUGAAGAUGGAAAUGUGUGGACAAGAUGGAUGCCAUGAGUCUGAGAUCCUCGCCUUCGACUUCCAACGUCGUUUGUGGGACUUCUAUGAGGGAAAGAGCAGUGCUCCACCAUUGGAAGAAGCCUCCUUGAUCAAGAGCAUGCCUUUCGACGAAUUGCAUGGAGCCUUUCAACUCUGUCCUGGCAUGGUGGUCUCAGGUUUGCUUUUGUUUGCGGAGGCGCAUUACUUUGCUUUUCCCCCGCCGGCUGACUCCAGAGAUCCCUUGCACAUGGCCAAGAGCUACAUGCAGUUUUUGCUCAAUUCGGACAGAGAAGAGUUCGAGACGAUGACUGAGAUGUGGCCAGUGCUAGAGGGGCAGCACCGCGCCGAGCUGGCUCGAGCGGAGGCGACCUCGAGAGAUUCGAGCGAAGUACCAUCCGUUGAUAUAGUGAUCGCCCGUUGCAGUACGACGUUGCGGUGGCUGUGGUCGCUGCCGCUCCCUCCACAGGCCCGUGUGGUUGUUUACAGCAAGUGUGAGGAGCGCGAUGGCAACCUCGAGAGGCAGCUUGAAGGCCUCGUCGGACGAGUAGCGCAGAUCCUGGUAGUGCCAAUGCAAGAUGAGGGGAAGUGGAUGACAGGUGAGUGUACUGCUUACUUGCGCCACAUUUUGAAUGGCCUGGCAGAUGCUGCGCCAAUCAACUCCUUGGCAGAUUACACGGUCUUUAUCCAUGAUGAUGCUCCUCGUCACUUGAAGCCUGAUUUCUUGUCCAUCAUCUUCCGCAGCUUGACUCAUGGAUCAUACACAGCAGACUAUCUCAACAUUGCUCAUGAGCGUUAUGUAUCUGCUUCCACACCUUGCCUGAGAUCGCUUUAUAAGCUGGUGUUCGGUGAGGAGCUUCAGGGUCGCCUUUCCACCUACUGCUGCGGUCACUUUAUCGUCAGCUCCAAGCGCAUUCGUAGUGUUCCUCCGGAACGCUUGGAAAACCUACUGUCUGCAGUGCAACAGGGGGCUUACACGGCCCUGGCCGGUGGGCUAUGUGAAGUUGCGAACAUGCCCUGUUAUGUCGUGGAGUAUUUGUGGCACGCUGUUCUGGGCGAGCCGGGGUUGUUGCCAUGGCGAUCGGAAGACACGCGCUUGCCCUUGGCACUUCGCUUUGAAGGUGGAAGAGAUACCCGCCUACCGUCUCCUAUCCGCUUUUCCUCCUACAUGCAGUCGAAGCUGAGCUGAGCUCGGGCGUUUUCCCGACUCCCGGGACACUGAGAGACACCACCGCGCGCUUUCGGAAGCACCGGGUCCACGCGACCGGGUCGAGCAGAUGCCGGUGGACAUGUGGGGUGGAACGCCCGGUGGAACGCCGUUGGAACGGACGACGGUGCGGAUGCCGCGGUGACGACAGGUGAACGGACCGGUUGCAACUGAGCUCUUGGGAGGUUUCCGCAGCGGGACUCGCAUCGCCGUGCGAAACGAGGACCUUGGCACGGCUGGAACGGCAAAAAGUGCUGGCUUUUGCAGCUCGCGGAAAGAGCAGUGGCUGAGAGAACUUCUUGGCAGGUAGGAGUCAUGUGCAGGAUAUAUUGACUUGGUUGCC